AUGAAUGAAUUUUGCUAUUCGUACUCCAAACUCCGUCAGGAAUUUGGACGUCAUUGCUCUUUUAGUACCACGGAGCCCCGCACACUGGGGAUAAUAGAACCUAAUCCAGAUCAGAUGGCGCAUCUUAUCCCGAAGAAUCCACGCAAUUUUUGUGGAGACACCAUGAUAGAGUUGUCUGAGCACACAGUGAAUACCGGGAGUGUAAGUGUGUGCGAAAGGGGCAUGCGACACAUUGAAGGGGGCUGGCCUAAAGAAGUCGACUCUACAGACCCGCAAGAGGUGGCCACGUGGAAGAAGAGGGCUGAGAGAGAUCCGGCCCUUUUGCAGGGUCUUAAACAGCUUACUGCUGAUUGCAGUCGCGUGCUGAGGCAAAAUCUGGUGGUGGACCUUUUUGAGGACUACUUUAAGGGGACGGAAGUAGUUCGGGGGAACGAGAAACGAAUCUAUAUCAAGUCAAAAGCUCUACUGAAAGACCCCCUUGCGGACUGCAAGAGAGCUGUGACGUGCGCUGCCUGGCAUCCGGAGGGCCCCCAAAAGCUGGCCGUUGGCUAUGGCAUUAUGAAGUUCCAAGGCCAACCUGAGUCACUUCCUGCAUCUGCUUUGCUCUGGGAUCCGCGCCAUCCUAACGAACCGCUAGCAGAGCUGGGAUCUCCGAGUCCAGCAGUGUCCUUAGCCUUUAACACGAAAAUAUCUGAUUUACUAGUGGGUGGUUGCUAUAACGGGGUUGUAUGCUUGUGGGACUUGAGGAAAGGGAUGAAGCCUGUAGAAGUUUCUGGCUCCUCCAGCAGCCAUUAUGAUCCCGUGUAUGAGGUCGUAUGGACCCAAAGCAAAACCAACAGUGAGUUCGUGUCGGCUUCCACAGAUGGUCGGGUUCUUUGGUGGGAUUGCAGGAGCCUAAGAGAACCAAUUGAGGAAUGCCGGCUUACUAAAGGAAUGCAACCAAGUGCAGUAGCAUCGGCAGGAACCGCCAACGGCGAAAACGAAGUAGAUGAAAGCGCGAGUGACCAGCUAUUAGGGGCGAUUUCCCUUGCGUGGUCUGUAGAAGCAGGACCAACAAAGUUCCUCCUGGGCACUGAACAGGGUAUCAUACUGGGCCUGAAAACAUGGCCGAAAAAGUCUCCUGAGAUUAGCCAGCGAUUUGGUUGCGAAGGUGGACAGCACUAUGGGCCCGUGCUUGCUGUUAGACGAAACCCGUUCCACAGCAAGUACUUCCUUUCUGUCGGUGACUGGACUGCCAAAGUUUGGAUGGAAGAAGUGCGCACACCACUAACUACAACUCCUAAUCAUCCAGCAACUUUAACUGACGGGCAGUGGAGCCCCACCCGUCCUGGCCUGUUCAUUGUUACACGAAGCGACGGCUUCCUCAGCUUCUGGGACUACUACUACAAGCAAAACGAAGUGGCGUUUCAGCACAAGAUUGGAAGUGCUCCACUGACGUGCCUUUCCAUUCAAUCGCAAGGCGAGUUUGUCGCUGUGGGCGAUGCUGAAGGGAGGGUGACAGUGCUCAGCCUUUGCGAGGGACUGCAUAUUUGCGCACCCAAUGAGAAGGCCGCCAUUGGAUCAAUCUUUGAACGGGAAGCGAGACGAGAGAAAAACAUUGAAAUGACAAAACGGCAGACAGAGGGCAAGCGGCAGGAUGAUAAGCCGUCAAUUCGUUCGCGGAGUGCUGCUGUUCAGGAAGCAGUGGAUGAGGCACGUGCAGCCUUUUUCAAGAGUAUUGAAGAAAAACAACCAUCCCUUUCAACAUAG